AUGUGGAAGCGCAAAUUCUCCGCAGCCGGCGGAGAUGCUUCCGCCGAAUCUUCCGCCUCGCGCGGCCGUGGUGCGGGCGGGAGCGGAAGCGGAAGCAGCGGAUUCGGCUUCGUGCGCUCGGGGGGAAGCGCGUACACGCCGCCCGUGAAUCCUGCCGGCUCGUACGGCGGCUUCGGCGGAGGAGGAAACUACGCCGGCUACCGCGGCGGCUCGGGUCGGCGGUCGCUGCCGGACGACGAGGACGACGAUAUAGCGGAUAUCGAGUACCGCGAUGACGGGGAUGCGGGGGGCGCCACGACGGCCACUGGUUUUGGGGAAGGAGAAGACGACGAGGGAAACCGACGCGCGGCGGCGGCGGAAGAGGAGGAGGAGGAUCCGCUCGACGCGUUCAUGUCGGGCAUCGAGCAGAAGGUGAAGGAGGACGCGGUCGCCGCCACUUCGCGCGCGGCGGCGGCGGCGGCGGGCGCGAAGGGCGGAGAAUCGGGGGAAGCCGCAAAGCCGGAGCGGGAGGACUGGCGCGCGGAGGAGGAGGAGGCGGAUCUGCUCAACUCGUUCCUGCGCGCGCGCAAGAGCGCGGGGCUGUCGGUGGCGGCGGAGGCUGUGAUGGGGCGCGGGUACGACUCGGACGAGGAGGUCUACGCCGCCGCGAAAGCCGUCGACGCCGCUGCCGCCGCCGCGGCCGCCGCUGGGUCCGCAUUAGAGAGUCCUGACGUCACCGCCAUGUCAGCAGCCGACGUGGCGGCGCGGCUCGCGGCGCUCUCGAUCCGCACGUCGGGCUUCGACGUGCCGCGCCCGAUCAGCGCGUUCGCGCACGCCGCGCUCCCCCCCGCGCUGAUGGGCGCAGUGCGCAAGCACGGCUACUCCGCGCCCACGCCCAUCCAGUCCGCCGCGCUCCCCGUCAUCCUCAGCGGCCGUGACGUCAUCGGCGUCGCGAAAACCGGCUCGGGAAAAACCGCCGCGUUCGUCCUCCCUCUGAUCGUCCACGUGGCGGACCAGCCGCGCGCGGGGCGCGGGGAGGGCCCGAUCGCGCUGAUCUGCGCGCCGACGCGCGAGCUGGCGGCGCAGAUCCACGCGGAGGCGCGGCGCUUCGCGAAACCCCUAAACCUCCGCGUGGCGGGCGUGUUCGGCGGGAUGUCGAAAUUCGAGCAGUUCAAGGAGCUGAAAGGGGGCGUGGAGGUGGUGGUGGCGACGCCCGGGCGGCUGAUCGACAUGCUCAAGAUGAAGGCGCUGUCGUUGCGACGCUGCACGUUCCUCGUGCUGGACGAGGCCGAUAUGAUGUUCCACCUGGGCUUCGAACCGCAGGUGCGAGCCAUCGUGGCGCAGAUCCGCCCCGACCGCCAGACGCUGCUCUUCUCCGCCACCAUGCCGCGCCGCAUCGAGCGCCUCGCGCGCGACAUUCUCACCCACCCCGUGCGCAUCGCCGUGGGGGAGGUGGGCGCAGCAAACACGGACGUGCGGCAGCAGGUGGUGGUGCUGGCAGGGGACGACGGGAAGGUCCCGUGGCUGCUGGGGGAGCUGGGCACGCGCGUGGACGAGGGCGACGUGCUCGUGUUCGCCGGGACGAAAUUACGAGUUGAUGCGGUAACCGCGGCGGUGGCGGGCGCGGGGUUUAAGGUCGGCGCGCUGCACGGGGAUUUGGACCAAUCGCGGCGCAGCGAGGUGGUGCGGCAGCUGAAGAAGGGAGACUUGCAUGUGGUUGUUGCCACGGAUGUAGCAGCCAGGGGAUUAGACAUGCGGUCCAUCAAAACGGUUAUUAAUAUGGACAGUGCGCGGGACAUGGACGCGCAUGUGCAUAGAGUGGGGAGGACGGGCAGGGCGGGGGACACGGAUGGAGUGGCGAUUUCGGUGGUGACGGGGAAGGAGGCGCGGUUUGCGGGCGAGCUGGUUGGGUGCCUCGUGGCCGGUGGGCAGGAGGUGCCUCCAGAGCUGCUGGAGCUGGCGAUGAAGGGGGACACUGACACGGACGGAGUGGCGUGUGUCGAUGGUGACGGGCAAGGAGGCACGGGGGAAGCUGGUCGGAUGCCUGGUGGCGGGCGGGCAGAAGCAGGCAAUGAAGAGCUCAGAGGGAGGGGAGAGGAGGUGAGUCACUCGGCCGUUUACUCUUCUCUCCACCACCACUUGCCGUUUACCCCUUCUUCCCACAGCGUUUCCUCCCCUUUCCCUCCCCACCCGCCCCCCUGUUUCCGCAAGGGCAAGGGGGGGAGAGGCGGAGGGGGAGGGGGGAGGGGGGCACGGGGGGUGGACUAUGGCAUGGGGCUGGGCUUUCAGGAGGGGGGAGGGGCCGGGGGAGGGGCUGGGGCUGGGGGAGGGGUAGGGGGAGGGGGAGGGGGAGGGGGAGGGGGAGGGGGUGGGGGAGGGGGUGGGGGAGGGGGGAGAGGCGUGGGGGCGAAAGGUGGGGGGCGAGGGAGUGGGGCAAAUGCGUUCGUGUCUGGGGGAUCACUGGGUGUUGCUGGGACGCCCACUGAUCAUGCUGCUUCUGCUGCUGCUGGCGGUGGUAGUGCUGCUGCUGGUGGCAGCAGUGGGGGCAGCAGGGUGGGCACGCGAGCAGGGGCAGUGGAUGCACUGCGGGUGGGCAUGAUGGCCAAGUUCAAGUCCUCCUUUGUUGCUGCCUCCGCUCCCCACCCCCACGACCCUGUCCCCGACCUCCCUCCGCCCCCUCCGCCUCUCCCCCCUGCUUCUGAUGCCCCUCCCCCUCCGCCCUCUGCUGCUACUCCUGCUGCUUCUGGCUUUGCGGCACCACAAGGAGCAGUCGCAGAGCCAGCUUGGGGGGGAAGCGCUGCUGCUGCUGCUGCUGCUGCUGCUGUUGGUGGUGGUGUCAGCAGUGGCAGCAGCAUGGGGGCAGACGUGGUGGCGGCUGCGAUUGCAGCGGCUGCAGCCAAGGCUGCUGCCAUCGCUGCCAGCCUUGGCCUGCAGGCUCCCGGGGGAGGAGGUGGGGGAGGAGGGGUAGGAGGGGCAGCAGCGGGAGGGAUGGCGAUGGGAGGAGGGGUGACAGGGACGGUUGCUAGCAUGGGUGCAGCUUCAGGUGGAGUUGAUGGUGUUGGGGAGUUGGGGGAUCGAGUGUUUGUGCUCUAA